AAGUUUCUCGGAGUCUCUCCGCCCACCUCUUUCGCCCACUGCGUCGGUCUCGACGCAGCCUCCCUAAUCUUGUUUCAAAGUGUAUUAACACUUGCUGCAGUCCCUAGCCAUCUCGUAACGUGUCCGAUACCCUCACCAUUGUGACUAGGCCGCUAGCGACUUCCGCAUGGCUUCAUCCGACCCGUCCUCCUUGUACAACAUUUUGUUGGCCCUCACACAGAACGGGCAGAAUUCUUCUGCCAAUGGUGCUGCUUCACGGGCUUCCUUGAAUACAAGCCUAUCUCCUGCACCCGGUCCGUCCAAUGCCCCGGCACCCAUACCCCCGAACCCGCAGGCCUCCAUUUCGAGUGGUCCCAAUCCCCGCGCGAACGCCAAUCAACUCCAAGUCUUGCUGUCUCAGCUUGUUAUUCCUCAAGGCAGCACGUCGACGUCCCAGACCGGCUUAAUGACUGCGUCUUUGCAAAGCUUCCUCAACGAAGCCUUAAAGAUCAGCAACCCCGUGGGCAACUGUCCCGACGACGACGCUCGUCUGGCGCGCGCCCUUUACGAAAGUGAAAACAACGGUCAGACGUUCCGGCAGGCCCUGGAAGCUCUAAACGAUGUAAAUGGCCAUUCGACGAUGCAGUGGCGGGACUACUAUCUCGACCAUGGGAGUCGCAUCCACAAGUUGAUGAACAAACUGGCUGCACCACAGGUUGUUUCUCAAGCACUCCCGAGACCUCAGACACACUUGGUAUCGCCCCCCACUACCGUCGCCAGCACUCCAGCCGGCCGACCAUCCGUGUCCAUGAGCCAGGACAAGGAGCACCGCGACGAGCACCCUGUAUUCCCACCCCCCAUCCCUCGUUCCACGCAGCCGACGGCCACAAUCUCGAGGCCCGUAUCCCAAUCAGCAUCUUCUAGGUUGGUUGACCGUGGCCGUGCACUAGAGAGGCCCAAGCCGUCGUCGUCCUCUAGACACCGUGAGCGAGACUUAUCAUACUCUCCGGAGUGCCCAGCAAAGAACCCCAGACCCCUUCGACGCCACCAGUCUGACGAGGACUGGAACCUUCAUCCUAACAGCGCAGAGAUCCGCCUUCCACCGCGGCCUUCACGGGCUCCCACCCCUCCGACCCUUGUCGUCAUUGCGAAGAAUGGUCUUGGUACCAAAUUCACCGAAGAGGACAAAAAAUUCUUCGUUGACUUCAUCCUAUGGGAGGUUGGAAAGGAUGGGAGCCUGAGCAAGUCGGAGGUACAGAAUCGAUUGGCACAACAGGCGCCGCACCACGAUGCUAGCUCGUGGGGUGGUUAUUGGACGCGGAAUUCUGACCUCGCAGACAAAGUGUACCAUACCGCUAGGGCCAUCAGUGGGAAAGCGGCACCCCAAUCUCAGUCCCGUCCAAGGGCCCGGCGGCGCAGCCUCAACCACCCCCGUCUCUCGGACGGCGACGAAGCAAGUGCAGGGUCUGGCUCUGGUGAAUCGGACGGCGAGCUGUCCGACUGGGAGUCGGAUCCACAUACAGAAGCGGACACUGCCAACAUGGGUGGACACAACGAACUUUGGAGCCGAGCGGAUCUGCGCAUAAUGUCGAGGUGGAUCGCCAAGCAGCCUUCCUACUGGAAACGCUUACCUCGCAAAGACAAGUAUACAGGUUAUAUCAAGAAGUAUGGCAAUAAGAGGACGACAGAGGGCUGCCAUUACACAUAUCAGAAGAACAAAUCGACAAUCAAUCGUAUGGUGCGGCAGUACUCAGUGUAUUUGGAGCGCAAGAAGGCGCCGCGUGUAAUGAAGACAGAGCGAGUAGAGAUAUCUCUGCUCAGCGAGGACGAGAAGGAGGAUUUGAUAUUGAACACGUCUACGAAACGCAAGGCGGACGACGGUGGACGGCUGCCAUCGUCAGAGAAUGCGGAGAAACGCCGCAAGACGAGCCUCGGCGGGUGAUCCUUCUCUUAUUACUUGUGACUGUACUCUGGGAAGUGGAUGUAGCAACGAACUAUAUGUACUUGUAUUUCUGCUCUAUAUGCAUAUGUACGCGGUUUGGCGAACUUGAA